AUGUCACCCACAGACCGCAUCAGACAGGUUGCCAGCCACCUCAACUUUCCCCAAGGCCUGCUCGCGGGCCAAGUGGCCAUCAUCACGGGCUCUGGACAAGGCAUUGGCGCCGAGACGGCAAAGCUCUUUGCCAAUGAGGGUGCCAAGGUCGUCGUCUCAGACAUCGAUGCCGGCAAGUCAGAGGAGGUCGCACGGCGGAUCCGCGAGGAUGGCGGCAGUGCCGUAGCGAUUCCGGGAGACAUGCUAGACGACAAGUACCUCGAGGAGCUGGUUCGCAAGGCGGCCGAGUUUGGCGGCGGCAAGAUCCAUAUCAUAGUCAACAACGCGGGCUUCACAUGGGACGGAGUGCUCCACAAGACGACGGACAAGCAGUGGGAGACGAUUUUGGCGCUGCACUGCACGGCGCCGUUUAAACUGGUGCGCGCGGCGGCGCCCUACUUCCGGGUGAGGGACGGCGAGGCGCGCAACAUCAUCAACAUCUCGUCGACGUCGGGGCUCCACGGCAACGCGGGGCAGGCCAACUAUGCGCUGGCCAAGGCAGGCGUCGUCGGGCUCACCAAGACGAUUGCCAAAGAAUGGGGGCCGCGCUUCGGCGUGCGCUGCAACACGGUCGCGUUUGGGCAUAUACUCACGCGGCUGACGGCGGCGCGCGAUGGAGCAGAGUCGGACGCGUUUGCCACCUUGGCCGAUGGGUCCCGCGUCUCGCUGGGGAUUCCGCGCGCGCAGGUCGAGAGCCGUGCCAAGGCCGGGUUUGAGGACAUUGCUCUGCGCCGUCCGGGUACGGCGACGGAGGCAGCUAGGGCAAUCUUGGCUGUGGCCAGUCCGCUGUUUAGCUAUGUUGACGGGCAGACGAUAUCGGUGACGGGCGGGCGGAAUAUGUAA